AAGUUUUGCUGUUGGGCUACACUGAGAGGAGGGAGAACUGAGCUUGUGAACCUGCCGCGUCAGCUUGAUACUCAUGGACGUUGGAUGGACUAGUGGCAGGGAUGGUCGGCUAUGAUGCCAAAGCAGAUGGCAGGAAUAACUCCAAGCUGGAGGUGGCGGUGGCAGGCUCAGUGUCUGGAUUUGUCACUCGUGCCCUGAUCAGCCCUUUGGACGUCAUCAAGAUCCGUUUCCAGCUUCAGAUUGAACGUCUGUGUCCAAGUGACCCCAACGCCAAAUACCAUGGAAUCUUCCAGGCAAUCAAGCAGAUUCUGCAGGAGGAGGGCCCAGCGGCAUUCUGGAAAGGACACAUUCCAGCCCAGAUUCUGUCCAUAGCCUAUGGAGCAGUCCAAUUUUUGUCAUUUGAAGAGCUGACUGAACUGCUGUACAGAGUCAACUUGUAUGAAACUCACCAAUUCUCAGCACACUUUGUAUGUGGCGGCCUGUCUGCGGGCACAGCCACCCUUGCUGUACAUCCUGUGGAUGUCCUACGCACCCGCCUCGCAGCUCAGGGGGAGCCCAAGAUCUAUAACACCCUACGGGAGGCUGUGUCGACCAUGUACAGGACUGAGGGCCCCUUGGUCUUCUACAAAGGCUUGCUUCCCACCGUGAUCGCCAUCUUCCCCUAUGCGGGCCUGCAGUUCUCCUGCUACCGAUCCUUGAAGCAUGCCUACGACUGGGUCAUCCCGCCAGAUGGAAAGCAAACAGGGAACCUGAAAAACCUGCUCUGUGGCUGUGGGUCUGGAGUCGUCAGCAAGACCCUCACAUAUCCUAUGGACCUCUUCAAGAAGCGCCUGCAGGUGGGAGGGUUUGAGCAUGCCCGGUCUGCCUUUGGUCAGGUGCGGCACUACAGUGGCCUCCUGGACCUCAGCAAGCAAGUGCUACGCGAUGAAGGCACCCAGGGCUUCUUCAAGGGCCUGACCCCCAGCCUGCUGAAGGCUGCCCUCUCCACGGGCUUCAUGUUCUUCUGGUACGAGCUCUUCUGUAACCUUUUCCACUGUAUGAGGAUGGAAGACGGAUAGCUGUGAGGUCAGGAGGGGCCUAAGGUCGCACUGGAGGCGCCUCUCCCAACAAGACUUGUUCUGAGCUCAUUCUGAACAAUGGCCAACUGUCCCGAGCAUGAAGGGUCGUCCACGGCCGAUGGCAGAAGGACCAGGGCCUUUUCUGAAAAGAACACGGAGAAGGGAGUGCUUGGGAUACAGAGACGAGGCCACCGAGAAGGAGCCUGGCGUCGUUUCUCCUCUGUCCAGCCAGCCUCUGCUUUGCAGUCCUGUUUCCGGGGAGAACCCCCCAGACCUAGUAAGAGCUUGGCUUGAGCACAGAGGGGUAGGACUGGGCUCUUUGCAGACUUCUAACCCCCACAGCCUGGUUUGUUACUCCUGCCGACUUAUUUAAUAGACAGUAAAGUAAAAGGCACAUUCCUCAUC